AUGGCGUCUCUUGUUCAACCAUCGCACGCUUUGCCGGCGGUAGAUCUCCGGCGGUCUUCUUCUCUCAUUCGUCGCCCUUCUUCCGUUCGAUUUCCUCUUAGGUGUAACGCGGCGGAUCCGUUCAAGUUCGACGGCGGAAACUCCGCCGGUUUCCAUCUGCUUUCAGGCGAGUCCGUUCCCGCGAGUGCUCUUCUUUCCGGGACACGUUUGGAAGAUGCGAUUUACAAGAACAACACACGGCUCCGUAUAUUCUCGGGCACUGCUAAUCCUGCCUUAGCUCAGGAGAUUUCUUGCUAUUUGGGUCUGGAGCUUGGGAAAAUCAAGAUCAAACGGUUUGCUGAUGGCGAGAUCUAUGUUCAGCUGCAAGAGAGUGUGAGGGGAUGCGAUGUGUUCCUUGUGCAGCCUACAUGCCCACCUGCGAAUGAAAACCUUAUGGAACUGCUCGUUAUGAUUGAUGCUUGUCGUAGAGCCUCAGCCAAAACCAUCACGGCCGUGAUCCCUUACUUUGGCUAUGCUCGAGCUGAUAGAAAGGCAAGUCCUUCUUUAUCUGUCUUGGAAUCAAUUACAUCUACUCAAGGACGUGAAUCUAUUGCUGCCAAGCUUGUCGCCAAUUUGAUAACAGAGUCUGGUGCAGACCGUGUUCUUGCCUGUGAUCUUCACUCUGGACAGUCUAUGGGAUACUUUGAUAUUCCAGUCGAUCAUGUUUAUGGCCAGCCUGUGAUACUUGAUUACCUAGCAAGCAAAGGCAUAUCCUCUGACGAUUUGGUAGUAGUUUCACCUGAUGUUGGUGGCGUCGCAAGGGCUCGUGCUUUUGCCAAGAAGCUAUCUGAUGCUCCUUUAGCGAUAGUUGAUAAAAGACGUCACGGGCACAAUGUUGCAGAGGUGAUGAACUUAAUCGGGGAUGUUAAAGGGAAAGUAGCCAUAAUGGUGGAUGACAUGAUUGACACAGCGGGAACCAUAAGCAAAGGUGCGGCUCUAUUACACCAAGAAGGAGCAAGAGAAGUAUACGCUUGUACCACUCAUGCCGUUUUUAGCCCUCCUGCAAUCAGUAGACUAUCGAGCGGUCUGUUUCAAGAGGUGAUCAUAACCAACACGAUUCCAUUGUCAGAGAAGAACUAUUUCCCUCAGCUUACAGUUCUCUCAGUAGCAAACCUUCUUGGAGAAACCAUAUGGCGUGUUCACGAUGAUUGCUCUGGAGCUAUUGAGCCUUUUUCGACAUUGGGGAUUGAUUGA